UUUUAGUCACUUUUCAAGCAAAAAUACUGAAACUCAAUGUUUCCAGGUACUUGAAUGUGAGGAUUUGAUGAUUUUUAUUUGUUGUACAGUACUGUGCACAUGUUUUAGGCAGUUUUAGGCACUAAUGGUAAAGUAAAAAAAUAAAAAUAAAAAUAAUUCCAUAAUUAAUUUUUAUUCAUCAAUUAACCUCAUGUGAAGUGCAGUAAACAGAAAAAAACCUAAAUCAGAUCAGUAUUUCUUAUGACCCUCACUGUGUGAUUGGACUCAUUGUCCACCUGCAGAAUUAAUCUGGGACUGAUCAGACACCUCCCUGAUGGUACUGAUGAAGGAUAAGAGUAAAAAUAUCUAGAGUGCCUAAAACAUCUGCACAGUACUGAAUAUAAUAGUCACUUUAAUAUGAAUUUGUUUAGCACUUUUUAAAAACUAUUUUCCAGCAUUUCAUAGACAAUGCACUAAUUAAUCAAGAAAAUAGCCUUUAAAUGAGUUUAUGAAAAUGAUUUGUUUGCAGGCCUAGAUUGCAGUUCCACUGCAUGACCACUAGGAAGAGACAAAGCUCUGCGAUAUAAUAUUUAACACACAGACUUUAGGACUUGUCUGGUCCUCAUAUUAUCACAUCCAGCUUAUUUACAUUAAGUUUGCAGUUUUCACAUCAUCUGUGCUUAAGUAAUUUGUUUUCAAGAAAAGUCCUGAAGUCAGAAAUACUUCCAUUAUUCUGUAAAUUCUUAUUAUGUACAUGAAAUACAGAGGUUCUGUUACACUCAUCUUUUUUUGUUGAAAGACAAUCUUUUAAUCAGGACUAAGUACAGUAUGUAAAACACUCUUUAGCUGGCGUCUGGCAUAUUGCUCUGAUUGCAAUCAAAUGGAAAUGCAAAUGUUUCAGUCAAAUCCCCUUCCUCAUGUAGGUCAUUUGAAUAUGACAUGCAUUAGGUUCAGUCUUGAAUGUCUGUUACUGUGUAAAUCAAGUCAAUCUGAGCUGUUUCUACAAGUAUUAUAUAUGUUGAAUCCUCAUUUUCUAAAAUUAAGAGAAAACAUUUUUCAGUGGGAAAUCUAAGCUAAUAAUGUAUUUAUAACACACUUUAACAGCAUCUCUGAGGAGCAAGUGAUGUUAGAAGAGAGGAAUAGAGCACUCAUGUACUGUAUUGGCUCUGAUUCAGUGUAUAAGUGUGUGUGUGUGUGUGUGUGUGUGCAGCAUGAGUCACCCUACUCGCCUGUGAUUGGAUGGUAGUUUAUGGGUGAGGGAGGGGGAGGGAGCCUUAGGGGCCGUCUGUCAAUCUCUCCUCUGCUCCAUUCACACAUUCAUCUGCAUGCACCGUCAUAGAGAGACAGAGGAAGUGAGGGAGAGCCUCUCAUUCAUUAAAAAAAAAAAAGUUCAUUCAUAAAAGCCGCACAAUUCUGCCGUGCCUCAGAAAGAAAAAGACAGAGGGGAGGAAAGUUGAUGUGGAGGUGAAGCAGAGCAAGAAGAGCCUGGCAACUGACUGAGAAAGUGUAUGGGUCAGUAGGAUGGGACUGUACUCAGCAUGACUAGAGCGGAGCAGACUGGACUUUAGACUACACAGGACAUCCCCAGUCCCACACUGUGCUCUCCUUUGUCCAGUUCCCUGAUUAUGAGAGAGCAAACCUUACCCAGGUUCAAAUCACAGACAGGACUCUUACCAGGCAUGCUGAAACGUACCAAAUACAGUCGUCUGCGCAACGAUUCGCUGACAUCUCUGGAGGAUUGUCCCCAAAGAAUGCUGCCCCUCAAGAGGGAACUUGGCUUAGACUCUGAUUUUGCCCAACUGGAUCCCGGGACGCCCUCACACCACGGGCCGUCCACCCUGAGGGACUUCAUCCCCCGUGUGGCCAACAUCCGAUUGCAAAGUCCUAUUUCUCUGCGGGGCCUGAGGGGACAGAUGAACACAGCUGGAGACACAACAAUUGAUGGACACACUGACAGACCCUUGUCCAGAACAGAGUGGGGAUCAGGACCUAAUCAGAGAUUUUGUAGCCAACCAUCCCUUAAUCUGCCCCUAUCCACCGGCCAAAAUCUGACUCACUCAGCUCUGCACUGCACAAAAAGACCCAUCACCCUGCAUCGGAUGGCCAGCCUCCCCUGGACCCCCGGCUGUCCUCCAUGCUCACAGCACAGAGACGGCUUGUGCUGUCUGAAGGCUUCCUCUGCAGCAGAUGACUGUACAGUGGUGGGGAAGGCAAACAGAGCAGUUCAUCAUCACAUCAAGUACAUGGGCAGCGUGGAGGUGACCCAGUCCAUGAGAACCCUCGACUUUGAUACGAGAAUGCAAGUCACACGAGAGGCAAUCAGCAGACUGUGUGAGAAGACAUCAGCCAAGACAACAGUGAAAACUAAAAGGCCUGCGUACAAGGGACUCUCUGCUGUUCUGGGUCAAAUCAACCUGCAGUUUUCUGGUAGCAAGAUCAUCCUCUCUGUCUCCACGGACAGUGUGACUCUGAUCGCCGCCUCCUCCUUACAGAAGAUUGCCCAUCACCCCAUGCAGGCCAUUUCCUUUGCCUCAGGAGGGGACUCAGAAAUGGCGGACUGCAUUGCUUAUGUUGCAAAGGAUCUCACCAAUCAGAGAGCAUGCCACAUCCUGGAGUGUCCCCAGGGUCGGGCCUGCGAGGUUAUCAACAGCAUCGGUCAGGCCUUUGAGACGCGUUUCCGCCAACUUCUCUGCCAGACGCCAUCACUCCUGUCCACCAAUCCCAGGUCAGCAGUGAGAAUCUGUCACAACUGGGGCCCCAAGGAGAUAAUAUCAGACCAAAAUGUCAAGCUGGGAGGUGAAGUGAGUGAGCACUGUGACUACUACAAUGUGAUCCCAGGAAAGACGCCUCCUCCUGGUGGAAUGGAGGACGUGCGCAUCACAAGGGAUGAGAACAAACAGGAUGCUGACAUGCAGGGGGUUCGUUUGUCUCGGCCUGUUUCACUGUAUGAGAACUGCUCCAUCACAGAAGGAACUCCAGCUCCACCUGCAGAUUCAGUGGAAUCUGACGUCAGUGCUGAACAGUGUACUCCUCUCUCUGAGUCACUGAUCCAGAACCUGAUCCAGAAGGAAGGCUGGUUCCACGGCAGGUUAGGAAGAAAACAGGCAGAGUCACUUCUCACCUGUAGUGGGGAUUUCCUGGUCAGAGAGAGCAGCUCUGCCUCUGGUCAGUACGUACUCAGUGGUAUGGAAGGUGCCACUGUGCGGCAUCUACUGCUGGUCGACCCACACGGACAGGUGCGGACCCGCGAUCAGGUGUUUCUGAGUGUUGGUCACCUGGUGCGUUUCCAUAUGGAGAACCAGAUGCCCAUCAUUUCUGGAAGCAGUGAGCUGCGUCUGAAACAGCCAAUCCUGCAAAGACACUAAUGCUCGUUCAUCGGCAGUCACAUGACUACAGUGGCCUUCAGCAGUGGUUCUCAACGUUUUUGGAGCCGAGGCACAAUGUGACCAUGCAAAAAACAAACAAAAAACACACAAACAAGAGAACCAUAAACACUUUAGGAGACAUCAUUCUCUAGAAUGUUUUAUUAUUUGGCCAUUAAUACACAUACAUUUUGUACAGUAAGUGCAGUGAAUAGUUUGAUUUUCCUGACGUUUAAGUAGAUCGUCACUCAUGUACACACUGUGCCUCGCCCUGUGUUGAGAACAGCAGCUGGCCUGCAGAGCAUCCUGUCUCUGUCGCUUUCUCUCUUUCUCUCUCGGGCUGAACUUGCCGGUGUUUACUUAAAGUCUAAGCACAAUCACUGGUGUUGGGAGGAAAUUACCAGAAUGUUGGCAGGCUUUCACAAUCAUUUUUUACAUGCUAAAUUUGUCUUGCGUUCAUUUGUUUUGAUAUGUUAUUGUUUUAUGUUCCCAUUUGCUAAGCUUGACUUUUCAUCCCACUUGUUACAUGCUGAAAACGGAAUUCAAAUAUUCUUUGUAACCAGAGUCUACAGAAACAGAUUUGUAGUUUAGUCUUAGAUAAACUGGCAAAUAUGCAAAUAGGAAUGUUUUUGUUCUCCAUUAAUUGUAAUAAAAUACAUCCUUAGUUCUUUUACAGAAUGAA